CGUAUUUCGGGUGCCAACUUUUCCUAAUACUCUCAUUUCUAUUUACGAAUCUUGCUUUUUUACAUUUUUAAUUGUAGAAAUCUUCCUUUUGAUACUUGAAAGACGGCGUACUCCGGGAAAAAAGUAGCUCAACUUAGGGCUUAAAAAAGGCUGGGCGAGCCUAAGGAGACGUCAGCUCUAAGAAAGCAUUUUGCAUGGCGAACAACGCAUCCAAUACUCAUCAACCCCCCUUCUUUAUUACCAACGCCUUGUGCCUCUGCUUCCUUAUUUAUAUCUGACAAAUGCCAAGUAAGAAGAAGCGAAGCAAAACCCACCAGGUUUCUCUCGCGCAAGUAUGGAAUAACUUGCCAUGAAGCAAUGAAUCCUAUCCUUUUGAGGACGUGCUCGCCUGGUCCCUGAUAACUCCCAGCAGAGAGGAGAAGCAGGAGCAGGCCCCCUGAAAGAGUGAUGCAACAUGAGCACUUCGAAUGCCGCCUCCUCGCCUACCUCGUCCUCGUCGCACCGGUCAUUUUGUUCGCUUCUGGUUCUCUGUCUUAUUGCGCCGCUCACGUUGAUCUCGGUCGGUCUGUUCGCUCUGGCCGGUAAUGGGCCGUCUUCUCGGCUUGAACUUGCCUUGCCGUGGAAGUUGAGAGUUGGUUUCGUCGGCUCGAAAGCCACCGCUGCACUGUCUGCACUCAGGCCCAACGAUUCGUACCGCGCCAUGGAGUCUCCGUGGCCUAUGAGUUAUUCGGAAGAAAAUCAAGUAGCUUUUGCCCCUCCAAGUGCGGCCGAGAAUGAGACGCUGACGGAGAAACUGGAACCGGAUGAACCGGCCGCCAUCGAAGAGCCUGUGAGGGUUGUCAAAAGAUAUAGCAGGUUAGAGAGGCUAGAGGCUGGCCUGUCCAGAGCACGGUCCGCCAUCAGGGAGGCCGCUCUGAUCCGGAACCUGACAUCGGUCCAUGCCGACGCCGACUACGUCCCCCGAGGACCGAUUUAUAGGAACGCCAACGCUUUUCACAGGAGUUAUCUGGAGAUGGAGAGGCUGUUCAAGAUAUAUGUGUACCAGGAAGGGGAGCCACCAAUGUUCCAUGACGGGCCAUGCAAGAGCAUAUAUUCCACAGAGGGGAGGUUCAUCCAUGAGAUGGAGAGAGGCCACAACCAGUACAGGACCAUGGACCCAGAUGAGGCCCUCGUCUACUUCCUCCCCUUCAGCGUGGUCAUGCUGGUCCAGUACCUCUACGAGCCCGGGUCCCAUGAGACGCACGCCAUCGGGCGUGCCGUCGUCGACUAUGUCGACGUCAUCGCCGCUAAGCAUCCGUUCUGGAACCGGAGCCUCGGGGCCGAUCACUUCAUGCUCUCUUGCCAUGAUUGGGGGCCGCACGCGUCUUCCUACGUGCCCUACCUGUUCAGCAAGUCCAUUAGGGUCCUGUGCAACGCCAACACCUCGGAAGGGUUCGACCCCUUCAAGGACGCGCCGCUCCCGGAGAUCAACCUCAAGACUGGGGAGAUCUCCGGCCUCCUGGGCGGCCCCUCCCCAUCUCGCCGCAGCAUCUUGGCCUUCUUCGCGGGCCGCCUGCACGGCCACAUCAGGCACUUGCUGCUGCAGGAGUGGAAGGACAAGGAGGACCCGGACGUGCAAGUCUACGACGAGCUCCCGCGCGGAGCGAGCUACGAGUCAAUGCUGAGGCAGAGCAGGUAUUGCCUAUGCCCGAGCGGAUACGAGGUGGCGAGCCCCAGGGUCGUAGAGGCCAUAUAUGCCGAGUGCGUGCCCGUGCUGAUCUCCGACGGCUAUGUGCCGCCGUUCAGCGAUGUCCUGAACUGGAAGGCCUUCUCCGUGCAAGUGCAAGUGAGGGACAUACCCAACAUCAAGAAGAUACUGAUGGGCAUUUCACAGUCUCAGUACCUGAGGAUGCAGAGGAGGGUGAAGCAAGUGCAGAGGCAUUUCGCAGCCAACGGGCCGCCGAGGCGAUACGACGUCUUCCACAUGACCGUGCACUCCAUCUGGCUCCGCCGCCUGAAUAUCCGGAUCGCCGACUCGACUUGAACCCGCAAGCAGGUCGAGCAUAUGAUCAGAAGGAGAGGCCGUCCCGGCUGUCCUUUGUAUGUCUAGCAUUGCUGCGCGGGAAGGAUGAGCAGAUUUGAUUAGUAGGGAAGAAUUUAGUCUCAUGGUUGUGUAACAAUUUUUGCGACCAUCAUGUUUUUGGAUAGACCAGUUUGAAAGGGACACUGCCCAUUGGUAGCAGCCCAAACAUAGGGCAAGAAACCACGUAGGUUGGACUUUCUGUUCUCGAGAUGUUUACAAUCAAAAAGUUCUGAACAAUGCAUAAGUAAGAUUGUAUCGCAAAAUUGAUAUGAAACUUGUCCAAUAAUGUGUUA